UAUUGUCGUUUAUUUCUGAUAUAAGCUCUAGAGACCACGAAUGUUUAAAAAAUAUUGUACAAAAAAUUUCAAUUGUUAAUAACUAUUUUCAUUUCAAUUUUUUUUUGAAAAUUCUUUUACGAUAUAAAUUGUAACAAUCUACACUAUUCGAAAAUAUUUUGAAUUUUGUUUUCUACAAGUGUUGGUGACAUAGGGGUUUCAAUAUUAUUGAGAUCACACUUGGAUCAACACAAUGAACAACACAUCAAUCAUUGUUGAGCAGUCACCGAACUUUCAAUUUCUCUCCGUUUGUCACUACAUUACUCUUCUUGGUACUUUUUUUCACAAUACAAAUUUUAUAACAUUUGAGCAGCAAAGUCAACCUGACAUUGUUGUCAACACUUUAAUUGAGUAUCUAACGAUUGCGAAGAAUGAAACCCGCUCGAAACAUUUCCUUUUAAGUACAAUACUAAAAGGAACUGAUCUCUAUGGUGGUGAAAAAGGUGAAAAACUUGACAAGAAAUAUGUAAAUGAAACCUUUAAGUACUUCAUUAAUGGGGUACUAUUUCCCAACUAUAGCAACAUUAAUUUGUAUUUGGCUGAAAUGAUUCAGAAUUCAGAUAAUUUAAAUUACUCAAUUUUUAAGAAAACCGUGUAUAAUCAUCUCUUGCAACAUCACUUCAAUUGGGAAUACUGUUCGCAAAAAAAUUACACAUCAACACUACCUCAAUUGACAAUUAAAAAAAUUUUCGACGAAUACAUUUGGUCAAUUUUUCCCCAACCCGAAGAAGACAUGAGCAUAAUGGACGUUAAAUACAUGUAUUCAAUGGUAGGUUUAAAUAUCCUCAGGUCCACGUCAUUGGAUGAACCAAAUCUUUCGUUCUCGGAAUAUAUUUUAAUCUCGCGAGAACUUGAUUUGCAGCAUAUCGAUAAUGAAACCUAUAAAAUUGUAUUACAGUAUUACUCAACUGCAGCUUUAUUUUUUUAUGCCUCUAAAGGCAAAGGAAUAAAUAAAAUUAAUUUAAAUGAUGAAUUUUGGAGACAAGCUUAUAAAAUUUUAUUUACCGAAAUUGAUAUCAAAAUGAAUGAAAUUGUAAGUAAAGAAAUUGAGAAUAGUUUGCCUUACAAACUGGAAAGGCAAAUCAAUAAUACCAAAACUCGGACGAUGAUUGCCCGAGAAAUACUUCUUCUUUAUUGUUUUCCUUCUGUCCAUGGUGUCUAUAUAGAAACACUUGUGUACUUGUAUAAAACCCUGUACCUUUGGACACUAAAAUCUGUACUCCAGCGAGAUUGCAAAACAAGUCAUUUUCCAGAUUUAAAUAAUGUAUUUUUUAAGCAAUUUCCAAAAAUAGAAAAACUGUACAAAGAAAUAAUAAGAAAUUCAAUUUCGAAUGUCUUAAUCGACGGUGGUUUAUUAGAAAAAAUGAAUCCAAAUGUUACAGUAAAUUCUGCAAAACUAAUAUUUCCCAUGAAAUGUUACGAUGAUUGUAAUAUCGACCUAAAAAUAAACGAAGACAUACAUGUAAUAUUUGCAAUAAUUAAAAACAAAAAAAAAGAAUACUACGCUAUUAGACAAGUGAAAGAUGAAUUGACAUUAAUUACAAGAAAUGGAAAUGAAAAAGAAUUUCUUAGCGCUAUUACUAAUCCUAAAUAUUUAAAACUGGUCACAUCAGUUAAAGAGAAUUUACUUGAACAGUCAACGUAUAAAUAUAAAAAUGAAAAUUAUAAAUUUUUUGUUGAAAGAAUUGCCAAUAUGAAGACAAAGCUGUUUAUAACAAACAUGACAGAAGAAUAUUAUGAGGAAACUCUUGAUGAAAAAAUUUCCAAUAUCGUGAAAAUUUUUAUCCCAUUAUACAAUUGUAUUGAAAGUUCAAUAGCAGGUGACAUAAGUGGAGCCACGUUAAGUUGUAGCCUGGAUAUUUUAAGUUUUAUGCCAAUUAUAGGUUUAUUUGCAUCAACUUCAUUUAAGAUAGUCAACAGUGUCGGAGGUUCAAUUGUUAAGAAUAUUUAUAUUGCAAACGCUGUUGCAAAGACAGCCGGAAUUGUGACCAAAAUGUCAUUAACUGCAGCGUUAAAGGCAAUUACAAAAGAUUCUGUUAUUACAAUCGCAAAACAAAUUUUAACUAAAGAAUUCUCUAAAGCUUUAACAAUAGCCUCGCUUCGAACACUAGAUCCUGGAUUUGAAUUACUUUACUCAAUGGGCCGCUUUAGUUUUAAAAUGUUAGGAAAACUGGUUAAAAAUUUUGAAUUAAUUUUUAAAACUAUAUCACAAGCUAAAAAUUUUAUAUUAUCACUAAAAACCUUAUUAAUGAACAUGCAACGAAAUAUGCAUCUGUUAACUGAUAUAAGGGGAUUAGUACCAAAGGUUUUAUUGAAGAAAAAUAAUUAUGACAUUGUUAGAUACCAUUAUCCUGGUGGUUCACAUUUAUUUGGACCUGAGUGCAUAAGAUCAAUUGACACGAUUGCCGAAUUAAGAACCGUGCAAGGAGCUUCAUAUAAGCUUCCAGUUGUUCCAGUAAAAUCACCAGGUGAAAUAUUUUACAAACAAUUUGUUCCAGAAACUGGUGAUAUAAUUGGACCCAACUUAAAAAUGGAUAAAAAUGAUCUGCUUCUUCGAGUUAAAUUUAUGGUAGCGGAUAUGGUGGCUAAUGGACCAGAAAUGAAAAUAACUCGUGAUUAUCAUGUCUAUCAUAAUACAAUAGAAUGGAAAAUAAAACCUUCGAAGGAAUACAACGGAAAAUUAGUGUUAAUAAAAGUACCUCAUCCACUUCCGGAAACAUCUAAUGCGCUAGAAAAAAUAAGUAAUAAUGUUCAUUCAAAGAACGAAAACGCGCCUGUAAAUUUAAAUCAACAACUCAGUACAUUGGAAAAUAAUUCUCCACAACUUCCUAAUCUCCACCCUCAUCCACUUUCGGUAACAACCAAUGUGCUGGAAGAAGUAGAUUAUAUUACUUCAAUGCUUAAAGAAGGCGAUAUAUCAAAUAGUUUCGAAUUCUCAACAGUACAAAUGCAAAGAUUGCAAGAAUUUUUGGAUAAUAUCCCCGGAACGUCGAGACAAACUUUACAAAUUAAACCAAAAGUAAAUAUUGAAAAAGUCGAAAUAAUACCAGAGGGUUACGAUCAUUCUUCACAAUAUGUAAAACAAAUACUAGAAGGAUUGAAAGAAAAUCAAAAUCUAAAUCCAAAUAAAAGAAAAUUAGAUACAAUGUCAGAAAUUAAAGAAAAUAUUGCAUCACAUCAACAUGAAACACAAGAUUUAUUGGAUAAUAUCCCCGGAACGUCAAGACAAAAUGUACAGCAAAAUCCAAAUUUAAGCAAAGAAAAAGUAAAUACAGUAUCCGAAGGUUUAGAGAACACUUUACAACGGGAAAAAAUGCAAACAUUGGUGUUUACCUCCGGGACAUCAAUAAAACGUUUUAAAAAUAAUCCAAAGUACUACAAAGCUGUGUUGAAAGUCGCAAAGUACAAAGAAUAUGUAAAUUUAUUAAAAUUAUGGAGAAACAAUGGUUUAAAAUUUAUGAUGACAAAAGAAAAUGAAAUAUAUAAUUUCCGUCAUGCGUUAAAUUCUCUAGCUCAUCUUCAAUUGAAUCAUGGAUAUCCGUUAAGAAUUCCACGUAAACUGUAUCACACUCAAAUAAUGGAUGGAGUAGAAAAUGUUGAUUUAUUAAUUAAUUUGAAAACAAAAGAUUUUUUCUUUAAUGACAUUACUAUUUUGACAUAUAAAAAAUCAAUGCCACUAUUACAAUUAAAAGAUUCAGAAAUACAAGUACAAUACAGCUUAACAAUUAAUUCUCCAUAUGGAAUUGUAGACUUAACUCAUAUUCAUGAAGACUUUGUAAGUGACUACAUAACAUUUGGCGACGUAGUAUUUACAGUAAAGGAUAGUUCUUUUAUUGAAAGUAACAAGAUUUUGAAUAUCCAAUUAGAGCAAAAAAAAAUGUCAUUAAGUCACUGGUUUCAAUUUUUAGAGAAUGAUUUAAAAGAAUUGUUGCAGAUGGAAAAAAAUUUAAAAUUACCAAGAGUGAGUGACAUUGAAAAUCACGCCAGCAUCUUAUCCAACAGUCGUCCGCUGACUUCCUUGAAAUCAGCAAAAAGAAAACUCGAAGAGUAUAUUUUAAGCAUAAAACCAAGUUUAAAUGUUCCAAGUUAUAAUGAAUUUGCCAAUGAAAUAUUAAGUGGUAAAUUUACGCAUUAUUAUGAGGAUUGGAAAAUAGCUUUUCAUCCGUAUAUUCAGGACUUGUUACUUAAAAGUCAUUUAGAUAAUAUUUUUGCAGAAAGUCAUGCAGAAAGAAGAAUUCAGGAGAUAUAUGGUUUAACCUAUUCUCAAGAUAUAAGUACAGCUUUUUCUAAAUAUAAUAAGAUUAAAGAUAUUAGACAGCAUCUUCGAUUUGAGGAUUAUUAUAUUUUAUAUUCCUAUACGAAGAGAAAGAGUUUAUUAAAUAUUGAUGGACAAAGACGAAUGGAUGCUGCAAUUAAUCGACUAGCGCUUAGACAAAGUGACACAGACAGAGUAGACUUAAUGUUUCAUCGUGCUGAAAUUAUAAGCGAAGAUUAUGCUUCGUACCUUUUAUCACUCGGGAAGAAAAAAUUUAUUACAUUUGAAGAGAAUAUUAUGUUAUAUCCAGAUCGUGAAAUGGAAUUAGAUAAUUGUCUGAAGAUGACGCGUACUUCAAAUCAAAUGCCAUUAAUAAUGGAUAUUAGAUUGAAAAAUGCGGCUGGUCUUGCUGACGUUACUAGUGUCAUUUCCGACGAAACUCAUCCAUUUUAUGUCAUGACAUCGAGGUCUGAAUUUAUUUUGGAGGAUAAUGUAUAUAUUGACACAAUUGAAGGUGUGGAAGUGCUGAUUAUGAAAAUAGAGGAUGGUGGAAGUCCAACGGAAAAAAGAAUGGUUAAUAUCGCAAAGAAUCUUCAGGAAUUAUUUUCUACAAAUACCAAGUUUUACUCGGAAUUUGGUAAUUAGAUUUUAGUAAAAUUUCUUGUUUUUAUAAUAAUAGACACAGUGUGCGUGUCACAUAGAUACCAUUAAUCAACGUAUUGGUGCUGACCAUUAAUUAAACAUGUUUUUGUUAAAUUUAGUUAUAAGUCGUUAUUAUAUAUGUAUAAUUGAAAUAUUUUAUAUUACUUCAAAUUUAAUUUUUUUAACAUUCUCAUCAUAAUGAGAAAGUAUUACAUUUGCCCGAUUUUGACCAAUAUCUAAUUCUUGUGAAUCUCCACGUUUCAAGACAUCCUGAUGCCAAAAAAAUAGGUUUUAAACAAAUGUUUGUAUGUAUGUAUGUAUGUCUGUAGACAAAAAAGUUGUCUCGACGAUAACUUGAGUAAAUUUUAAUUAAUCGACCUCAAAUUUGUUUUGCACUUUAAGUUCACCAAAAUCUCGCCUGAGUUCGUUGGGCAGACAAUUUCGUCAAAAUACAACAAAAUUAUUGAAAUUUUUAAUUUUCAAAAAUUUUCAUUUUUCAAAAAAAAAUUUUUUUUCAAUUUGUUUUUGAAAAAUGUGAGUCAAAUGAAACACUUUUUUCCUUUAUCAUUUUUUGAUUGGAGUGAAAACAAGAAAGUUACUCAUUUUUUUAUAAUUUUUAAUUUUCAAAAAUUUUUAUUUUUCAAAAAAAAAUUUUUUUCAAUUUUUUUUUUAAAAUAUGAGUAAAAUGAAACACUUUAUUCCUUUAUCAUUUUUUGAUUGGAGUGAAAACAAGAAAGUUACUCAUUUUUUUAUAAUUUUUAAUUUUCAAAAAUUUUCAUUUUUCAAAAAAAAAAUUUUUUUUCAAUUUUUUUUUGAAAAACAUGAGUAAAAUGAAACACUUUUUUCCUUUAUCAUUUUUUGAUUAGAGUGAAAACAAGAAAGUUACUCAUUUUUUUAUAAUUUUUAAUUUUCAAAAAUUUUCAUUUUUCAAAAAAAAAAUUUUUUUUAAUUUUUUUUUGAAAAAUGUGAGUCAAAUGAAACACUUUUUUCAGUUAGCAUUUUUUGAUUCGAGUGAAAACAAGAAAGUUACUCAUUUUUCUUAAAAAAUGACAAACAAAAACGGAUGAAAAAUGGGUAAAAUGCAGGGCAAAAUUACUUUAUUUUGAAAAAGUAUGUGCGACUAUGUAUUAUUUCUCUUUAAACCACCUUAAAUUAACAGAAAUUAAAGUAACUUACUCAUAAAAUACCGAA